GGGGAGGGGCUCCCGGGCUCGCCGAUAGCGGCUUCCUGCUCCCGCACUUCCUCGCCGCCGCGCCGCCAGUUCGUGAGUGCUAGCUUUGGCCGGGAGCCGCCCGCCUGCCGCCGCCACCUGUCCCGCCGCUACUGCGCCCCAGCCGUACCUCGCUGCCAGCCGGGCUCACUCAGGUCCGCUCCUGGAGCCCGCGCCCCUCCACCCUGCCCCCGUCCGUCCCCGGCCAUGCUGUCCCUCCAGUACCCCGACGUGUACCGCGACGAGACUGCGGUACAGGAUUAUCAUGGAUAUAAAAUUAGUGAUCCUUACGCCUGGCUUGAAGACCCGGACAGUGAGCAGACAAAGGCCUUCGUGGAGGCCCAGAAUAAGAUCACUGUGCCAUUUCUUGAGCAGUGUGCUAUCAGAGGUUUGUACAAGGAGAGAAUGACUGAACUGUAUGAUUAUCCCAAGUAUAGUUGCCACUUCAAGAAAGGAAAACGGUAUUUUUAUUUUUACAAUACAGGUUUGCAGAACCAGCGAGUAUUAUAUGUACAGGAUUCCUUAGAGGGUGAGGCCAAAGUGUUCCUGGACCCCAACAUACUGUCUGAUGAUGGCACGGUGGCACUCCGAGGUUAUGCGUUCAGUGAAGAUGGUGAAUAUUUUGCCUAUGGUCUGAGUUCCAGUGGUUCAGACUGGGUGACGAUCAAGUUCAUGAAAGUUGAUGGUGCCAAAGAGCUUCCAGAUGUGCUUGAAAGAGUCAAGUUCAGCUGUAUGGCCUGGACCCAUGAUGGGAAGGGAAUGUUCUACAACUCAUACCCCCAACAGGAUGGAAAAAGUGAUGGUACAGAGACAUCCACCAAUCUCCACCAAAAGCUCUACUACCAUGUCUUGGGAACCGAUCAGUCAGAAGAUGUUUUGUGUGCUGAGUUUCCUGAUGAACCUAAAUGGAUGGGUGGAGCGGAGUUAUCAGAUGAUGGCCGCUAUGUCUUGUUAUCAAUAAGAGAGGGAUGUGAUCCAGUAAACCGACUCUGGUACUGUGACCUACAGCAGGAAUCCAAUGGCAUCACUGGAAUCCUAAAGUGGGUAAAACUGAUCGACAACUUUGAAGGAGAAUAUGACUACGUGACCAAUGAGGGGACGGUGUUCACGUUCAAGACGAAUCGCCAUUCUCCCAACUAUCGCGUGAUCAACAUUGACUUCAGGGAUCCUGACGAGUCUAAGUGGAAAGUGCUUGUUCCUGAGCAUGAGAAAGAUGUCUUAGAAUGGGUAGCUUGUGUCAGGUCCAACUUCUUGGUCUUAUGCUACCUCCAUGACGUCAAGAACAUUCUGCAGCUCCAUGACCUGACUAGUGGUGCUCUCCUCAAGACCUUACCGCUCGAGGUUGGUAGCGUUGUGGGGUAUAGCGGUCAGAAGAAGGACACCGAAAUCUUCUAUCAGUUUACUUCCUUUUUAUCUCCAGGUAUUAUUUAUCACUGUGAUCUUACCAAAGAGGAACUGGAGCCAAGAGUUUUCCGAGAGGUGACUGUAAAAGGAAUCGAUGCAUCUGAUUACCAGACAGUCCAGAUUUUCUACCCCAGCAAGGAUGGUACAAAAAUUCCAAUGUUCAUUGUGCAUAAAAAAGACAUAAAAUUGGAUGGUUCUCAUCCUGCUUUCUUAUAUGGCUAUGGUGGCUUCAACAUAUCCAUCACACCCAACUACAGUGUUUCCAGGCUUAUUUUUGUGAGGCACAUGGGUGGUAUCCUGGCAGUGGCCAACAUCAGAGGUGGCGGCGAAUAUGGAGAGACGUGGCAUAAAGGUGGUAUCUUGGCCAACAAACAAAACUGCUUUGAUGACUUUCAGUGUGCUGCUGAGUAUCUGAUCAAGGAAGGUUACACAUCUCCCAAGAGGCUGACUAUUAAUGGGGGUUCAAAUGGAGGCCUCUUAGUGGCUACUUGUGCAAAUCAGCGACCUGACCUCUUUGGUUGUGUUAUUGCCCAAGUUGGAGUAAUGGACAUGCUGAAGUUUCAUAAAUAUACCAUUGGCCAUGCUUGGACCACUGAUUAUGGGUGCUCGGACAGCAAACAACACUUUGAAUGGCUUGUCAAAUACUCUCCAUUGCAUAACGUGAAGUUACCAGAAGCAGAUGACAUCCAGUACCCGUCCAUGCUGCUCCUCACUGCCGACCAUGAUGACCGAGUGGUCCCGCUUCACUCCCUGAAGUUCAUCGCCACCCUUCAGUACAUCGUGGGCCGCAGCAGGAAGCAAAGCAACCCCCUGCUUAUCCACGUGGAUACCAAGGCGGGCCACGGAGCAGGGAAGCCCACAGCCAAAGUGAUAGAGGAAGUCUCAGACAUGUUUGCUUUCAUAGCACGGUGCCUGAACAUCGAAUGGAUUCCAUAAACAGUUUCCCGCUCCCUCCUGACAGCGACAGAAAACCUCAAGGGCUUUCCCACUGUUCAAACCAGGAAACCACUGGGCAUAAUGCUUCCCCACGGAAACAUUGUUCCUGCACUCACAAACUACAGUUGAACAGAACUGCUGUGGGAAUUUUAUCUUUUUUAGGUUUCUCCUUUUUAGCAAGCCCUUGAUGUUUCUUUUUCCACUUUGUCUAGGCACAUGUGGUUUUU